AUGAGCAAUAUCCACUUUCCAUCGUGGACUGAGCAGCAAAGCUUGUUCAAGUUGUCAUGUGCUGAUGCAGAAACAUGCAGUCUGUUAUCCAGUGUGGAUAACUCUAUGCCAUCUCUUCAGAGGACUGAGUCUGAACUAGGUACCAAGAAAAUGGCUAUUCCACGUCUUGCUGAAGGUGCCGAGUCUGCAUUCACGUCUCCCGGAAGAUUUCAUCGCCGUCACGUACGCCGAGCAUGCGAAUCCUGUCGACAGAGAAAGACAAAGUGUACUGGAGACAAGUCGGGGUGCCGGAAUUGCCGAGAGGCAGGUAUUAUCUGCUGCUAUACUGAUGGUAAAAGAGAGAAAUCGAAACGUCAACUAGCAAGCCUGUCCGCAAAGGUACAGGCGUACGAAGAUGUCAUCAGCAAGCUGAGCAAUCGAUUUGGUGUCUCCGACGAACAACUCGUGAACAUCGCCCUGGCAGUGCAUUGGACGGCGAUGCCAAUGCUACCGGAGAAAAGGACGUUGAAUUCUGAACCAUCUCCUUCACACCCCUCCUCAGAUACACCUCUCGAUCUUGUCGACCAUACAAAAGAGGACUUCAAUAGAGAUGAAGUAGCUCGCUCGACUGGAUUUAUGGGGAAAAGCUCUGAGAUCACUUGGCUGCAAAGGCUUAGCAAAGAAGUCAACAACGAGAACGAGGAGUGGCCGUGCAACAACGAGAACGCAGAUGACGAGAAUGCUUUACCAUCUCCUACGAUGACUCCACGCCCCGAAAAUACGAGUGAUUCACUGGUUGCGUCCUUGAAUUACUACCUUGACGAUUUGGAAAUUCCCAAUGCAGAUAAAGUCGAUUCCAGUGUCGUGCCCCCGAAAGAAACGGCAACGAAGCUGUUAAACUCCUAUCUGGCCUCAAUUCAUCCAUCUUUUCCAAUCAUCGGGAUUUCCACAUUUGUCUCCCAGUUUCAGGCAUACUUCAGCCAGCCAUCUUUAAAGCCUGGGAGUAAAUGGCUAGCCAUACUCAAUCUUAUUUUUGCAAUAGCUGCAAAAUACGAACAUUUGACCAGCGCAGGCUUGAAUGACGAAGAGGAUAACCACCAGGUUUACUUUUCACGAGCCAGGAUGCUUAGCCUGGAAGAUCAGUUGUUACAUCAUCCCGAUCUCCAGCAACUGCAGGUCGAAGGACUUACCUGCUUCUAUAUGAUCUCUUCCGGCCAUAUCAAUAGGGCUUGGAAACUUUCUGGCAGUGCGGUCCGAGGUGCAUUGGCUCUUGGUCUCCACCUUCGCAAUGUCGGAUCCUGUACUUCGAAUACCUCGAAAGAGAUCAGAUACCGUGUCUGGUGGUCAUUGUAUACGGUUGAGCAUCUUCUGACUGUCAUGACUGGUCGACCAUCCUGCAUCGUCGACAGUUCUUGCACUACACCCCUUCCCGUGCCGUUUGAUGAAAGCGACUUUCAGAAAGACGAAGUAUCUCUUUUAAUCAGUACCGCCGGACGAAGUACCUUCAGCCCCCUGGAGCAGAUGACCUUGAACAAUAGCGCAGCCAGACUCGAUUCGGCUGCUGAUUCAGACACAACGGAUGAAGGCAUUGAUUCUGAUACAAAAAUGAGUCGAGCUGAAUACUUGAAGAGUCUUGCACCAUGCAUGUCACUAUACUUCUUGCAGUUGACAUCGCUUACAACUAUUGCCAAAAGAAUGACCGUCAAGCUUUACAGCCCAGAGGCAUUGCAAGCCCCGUGGGCAAGUACCGAGUUUGUCAUCCAAAGCUUGAUGCUUGAUAUUGACUCUUGGUUCAUGAACCUUCCACCAUCCUACGACUUUACUUCUACGCAGACUUCGCAAUGCCCUCUAGGACAGCGAAUGGGACUUGCUUUUCUCUUCUACAGCACAAAGAUUGGCAUGACACGCCCAUGUCUGUGUCGACUUGAUAGCUCACAUUCAGAUGGCGAUCGAACCUAUGAGUUCUGCAGCAAGACGGCCGCGGAGUGUGUCGAGUCAGCAUGCCACAUGUUGACAUUGUUCCCGGAUUCUCCAGAUGCCGCGCUCCUGCAUCGGAUAUCCCCGUGGUGGUGUACACUUCACUACCUCAUGCAAUCCACGACUGUCCUAUUAUUGGAGCUUGCAUUCCAAGCCCAACAUGUUCCCGAAAAGGCAGCGAUGGUCUCCAAAGCAGCCAAGAAAGCACUUGACUGGCUAUACACCUUGUCUAUGACAAAUGCCGCAUGUGAGCGUGCAUGGAGACUCUGCGAUGGAUUUUUACGCCGCCUUGCACCUCAGUUCGGUAUCAGUAUCUCUGAUCUAUCUGAAAAUGAGGAUUCAUCUUCAUCCUCCCUUCUCGAUGCCCCAGAGCUCGACACGGCCGCACUUGUCGCGGAUGAUUCGGCUAUGGAUAACCUUUCGUUUAAUCCGUCUACUGUACUGCCUUCAACAAAUGCAAUCGACAGUAUCGCUGCAGAUAUGGACUCUAUCGCUUGCUCGCCGAUGGAUCAUUCGGGCACCACACCCGGGAUGUCGGCGCCUUACAAAAUAGAGCCACCGGACCUAAUGGAUCCGUUCAUUAAGCCUGAUAAGUCAAGCUCCAGUCGAAGCUCUUACGAUGACUACUUCCCUUAUGACCCAGCGACUGGCCAGAUUACCGGCUCCUUUUUCCCACCAACAGGACCAAAUCUAGAUCUUGACUUGGGCUACUUCUGGGGAGAUCCUAUAUGUUGA